AUGGCGCCUCCCGUUACCGCCUUGUUCGCAGCCAAUGCCGGUUGCCGCUGCCGGUUGCCUCUGCCGCCUUCCACUGCAGCCUCCCACUGCCGACUCCUGCUGGCGUUUCCAACUGCCCACGCCGCUGCCACUUCCCGCUGCCACUUCCCGCUGCCACUUCCCGCUGCCACUUCCUGCUGCCACCUCUGUGCCACCUCUGUGUCGCAGCAAAAGCUGGUUGCCGCUGCCGCCUCCCACUGCAGCCUCCCAGUUGCCGCUGCCACCUCUAUGCCAACUCUGUGUCGCAGCAAAAAGCCGCAGCCAAUGCCGGUUGCCGCUGUGCCUUUGUGCCUCCAACUGCACACAACGCCUCCCACUACCGCCUUAGGGUUGCAGCCAAUGCCGGUUUCCGCAUUGCCACCUCCCACUGCAGCCUUCCAGUUGCCGCUGCCUCCUCUAUGCCACCUCUGUGCCGCAGCCAACUGCACAUGGCGCCUCCCGUUACCGCCUUGGUCGCAGCCAAAGCCGGUUGCCGCUGCCGGUUGCCGCUGCCGGUUGCCGCUGCCGCCUUCCACUGCAGCCUCCCUCUGCCGCCUCCUGAUGGCGUUUCCAACUGCCCACGACGCUGCCACUUCCCGCUGCCACUUCUGUUUCCCAGCCAAAGCCGGGCGCCACACUGACCCCAUCAUCUCACAUGGAAGAGGGACGACCUCCAAGAGGAAGUCUGAGGAGAGUCUUGAAAGAGCCAGCAAGAGGAGCAGGACCAGUCAAAGUCCCUCCGAGGGCUGCAGCCAAACUUUCAGUGGGCCUUUAAUAAUUGACAGUGAUGCCAGUUCCGCCUCCGCGUAUAGUGACCCAUCUGACAGUACAGAUUCUGAGACACACGUCAGCACUGGAGCUGAAAAGGUGAACAGCAGAAAGAGAAAGUCUGAGGAGCCAGAAGAACCCAGGAAAAGGAGCAGAAAGACCUCCUCCGGUGACAAACCUGGCACCUCCUCAGCAAGAAACACCGGUGCUACUAACAGCAGAGAUGCCUUUGAGGACCGGUACGAGCAGGAGGAACUGCUGGGCGAGGGAGGCUUUGGGACAGUGUUUGCCGGCCACCGUAGAGACAACAAUCUGCCUGUGGCCAUAAAACGCAUCUCCAAGAAAAAGAAAGUUGAGCACAUAUCAAUGAUGCUGGAAGGGGAAAUGAGGACGGUCCCUUUGGAGGUGGCGCUGAUGCUGAAACUCCGACCAGCAGCAGAAGGAACCAGCACAGUGGUGACCCUGCUGGACUGGUACGAUAUAGACCUUGAGCUGAUUCUUGUCCUAGAAAGACCAGUCCCCUGCAUGGACCUAGUCGAGUUCAUCAACUCAAAAGAUUAUUCCCUGCCUGAGCACGAAGCUAAAACCAUAACAACACAGCUGGUGGAGGCUCUCAUUGAAGUCCACUCCAGAGGGGUCUUCCACAGGGACAUCAAGCUGGACAACAUUCUUAUCGAGACCGGCUCCGAUGUCCCACGUGUCCGGCUCAUUGACUUUGGCCGUGGCACACUUCUGUCUGAGGGAACAUACAGUACAGCACAAGGAACCGUUGUCUACACCUCCCCUGAGUGGUUCCUGCACAGGUGCUACAGUGCUGAACCCACUACUGUGUGGCAGCUUGGUGUAGUGCUGUUUGCGUUGCUGCAUGGACGUCUCCCCUUCAGAGGCAGGCAUCAAGUCAGCUUUGAAGACCCUGACAUCAGUGAAUAUCUUUCAUCAGAAUGCAACGCUUUUCUUCUGAGCUGCCUGGAAAAGAGCCCAGAGGACAGACCCACCCUGGAGGAACUGAAGCACCACCCCUGGCUGAUGUGA